AGCGAGAGGUGGAGUGCACGAUUGGCUCUGUUUUCCAUUUUGGAUUUGGUUUAGCGACGUUGUCCGUUUAAUAAAAACCCAAGCUUGUUCAAUUUCUGAGAUCGGGUUUUUCUUUUAUUGUCCGUCAUCGACCUUUUCCGGAGCUUGGCUCAGAGAAGGGAAGAAUACAACCAAUGUCAAGGCGUCUUUCUUUCUUUUUCUUUGUGCGGCGGUGUGUUUUUUGCUGUACGUAAUUUAGUACUGGGAAAAAGGAACUGACUCCACAGCUUUUCUUCGCAAGUUAGAUAGGGGAGGAAGAAAAAUCUAUUCUUUCUCCGCAUUUAAGAAAGCGUUCUUCAUUCUUUUCUUCCCCCCACUGUCUCUUCUGCUGAAUUAUUGGAGAGGUGGAGAAUAUUUGGAAACAUGAGCUAUUUCCUCCUCCGCCUUUUUGAACUUCCAAGUUAGCUAUAUGUCUAUGCAAGAAAGAAAAGGCCAAUACCUCCUUCGACUUUCUUUCCCUUUUUUCAUUUUUCUGAGACUGGCUCAGUUAUCCCGUCCACCAAUCUCUUUCCCUCGCUCAUCUCCCCCCCGCUCCCGUUUUGUUUUUUAAUGGCUGGUUUUGUUUGCAAGUUCUAUUAGUCGAAUGGGCUCCGGGUGGGAAGGAAUUUCCUCUGUUUCUUUCGGGGACAUCUUCUCGUCUUGUAAUGCAGUUCAUCACGAGGGGCUGACAGGACCUCCAAGCUAGUUCCCCAUUUCUAGCUCUUCUCCUCUCCUUUCCGGCGGAAUUCGUUAGGUUCCGGCGGCCGGGAAAUGGGUUGGGCUACACGGUGGCUGAGGAGCCUGCUGGGCGGGAAGAAGGAGAUAAAGGAGCCGAAGGACUACACCAGUUGUGGGGCUCAAGUGAGGAGGGAGAAGAAACGGUGGAGCUUUGGGAAGUCGGCCAGCGACCUUGGUGAAGUGCUUGUGGGCCAAAAUCCUUCUACAGCGGUGUCAGCGGACACAGACACGGCAUGGUUGAGUUCAAUCUAUGCUGAGAGGGAGAAGGACCAGAACAAGCAUGCCAUUGCAGUGGCGGCGGCCACGGCCGUAGCCGCUGAUGCCGCCGUGGCAGCAGCACAGGCAGCAGUCGCGGUGGUUAAGCUCACAAGCCAGGGGAGAGGCACCAUGAUUGGAGUCCACGAGCGGCGGGCGGCAGUGAAGAUCCAGACUGCUUUCAGGGGCUAUUUGGCAAAGAAAGCUCUUCGGGCUCUCAAAGCACUUGUUAAGUUGCAGGCCUUAGUUAGAGGCUAUUUAGUUCGCAAGCAAGCAGCGGCAACCUUUCAGAGAAUGCAAGCUCUCGUCAGAGCUCAGGCCACCGUUCGAGCUCAGAAGUUUCGCAAUCUUCUUCCAAAUGACCGGAGGUUCCAACAAGAAAUCCGCUCCAGGAGAUCUCUGGAAAGAUUCGACGACACAAGGAGCGAACGCUUGGUGUCAGUCCACAGCCGGAGACCAUCGGCGAGUCUUGACAACAUUUCCAAUACUGGCUUCGACCGGAGCCCAAAGAUUGUCGAAAUCGACACCGGCCGCCCCAGGUCGCGAUCUUCCCGCCGGACCAGCCUUUCCGUUUCAGACCUGGCCGACGACCUGGCCCCCCAGUCAAUCUCCUCCCCUCUCCCAAGCCAGAUUCCGGUCCGGAUCUCCAUUCCUGACAGCCGGAACUUCCAGGACUGCGACUGGUGCCUCGCCGGCGAGAAAUGCCGGUUCUCUACCACGGCACGGAGCACCCCCCGCUACACGAGUUACAUGGGUAACAUGGCAGUGACUCCGGCCAAGAGUUUGAGCGGGGCUGACGGGGUUUUACGCCGGUCUCUAAACGCUCCCAUUUGCCCAAGUUAUAUGGCAAACACUCAAUCCUUCGAGGCAAAAGUCCGGUCGCAGAGCGCACCAAGGCAGAGGCCAGAGCCGGCCGGGACGAGAAAGAGGCUCCCCUUGAGUGAACUAGUGGUGGGUUCCAGAGCCAGUCUUAGCGCGGUUGGAAUGCGGAAGUCUUGCACUCAUGUUCAAGAGGCUUUCAACUUCAGGAGUACCGUUGUGGGCCGGAUUGAUAGGUCUUCAGGCUUAAGUUGGGAAGCAGAGGGGGAGUCCUACUUGCAGAGGAACUGGUAAUCCGUGGAGUUCGAACUUUAGAGUAAGAGAGUGAAGGCUUCUUCUUCGUAUCAUCUCUCUCUUUUCGUUUCCUCUUGUUGCAACAACAUUGGAAGAGAAGUCACGGAGCAGUUUGGUGUAAAUUCUUAGAAUCGAUCCAAUUUUAAGUUUCCUUUGUUUCAUGCUGGACUUUGAUUUAAAAAAUGUUAAUGUCUUAUCAUUGGCAGAGGGAUGGUAGUAGCAGGAGCCCGUAUUUUGUGCUACCUUUUUACGAGGUUUUGCUGGGGUUACAUUUUUGAAACGCAAAAGAAGGCAGUAAUUGUUCCGUUGUUAGACCGGCUUCAUUACCCAAAAGCUAAGCAAGGUCCCGUCGAUCGGAUGGUUUAGAAUUGAGCAUGCGCGUGCUUGGAAUGGAUGGCUGCACCCAAAUCUUUUUUUGAGUAGAGAUGGUUGGACACAAUCAGCUGUAGCUACACCGGAUGGUGAGCUAAGUGCUCCGCACGUUUUCGCCUGCAUUGGUGAGGGCGGGUGGACGCCUGACGGGUGCUCGAAAGCAGUGUAGGUCCAAUGCUCCUUGGAUUAGUUUAUUGCCCUGCAUGGCAAUG